CCCUCUAAACAUGGAUUUAUCGGAACACCUAAACAAGGCUCUGCUGGUUCAGGGUGCCGUCACUGCGAUUAUCGCAUACUGGAUUUUAUGGAUCAUCUACACACGAUACCUCCACCCCCUUGCUAAGUUCCCUGGACCUUUCUGGGCGUCUGUUUCCAGGAUCUGGACGGUUCUCCAUGUACUUCCAGGCGACGCUGAGAAGACGCAAAUGAAGCUGCACGCGAAAUAUGGUUUGAGACGUCCCUCCACGAUUGUCUCCACGGACCUGACUGUGACGCGCAGGACCAGUGGUUCGCAUCGCCCCAAACGAGCUGAUUACCAGUGACCCCGAGGCGAUCAAAACGCUAUAUGGUGUCAAGUCAUUCACUACCAAGACCGACUUCUACCUGGCCUUCAGACCACCGUGGGCCCGGUUCCCCGACCACUUCUCGGCAGAAGGUGGCAAGCAGCACGCGGAGCGCCGCCGGAUUGUCACCAACGUCUACACGAUGACAAGUAUCCUGCAGUCGGAACAGUACAUUGAGAAGUGCAUCGAUGUCUGGAUUGAGAAGCUGGGCGAAAUGUCGGAUCAGAAGGAGUCGUUUGAUCUCUGGUUGUGGGCUCGAAUGUACGCAUACGACGUGGUCGGCGAGCUGUACUUUAGCAAGAUGUUCGGGUUCCUCGAAGCCGGGGGCGACCACCUAGGCUACAUCGACGCGACCGACGACUUGAUCCCAGUCCAGUUUCUGGCGGGCAAUAUGCCAACCUAUGUUCGGAGUCUGUUCAUGCUUACCGGAAUCCUGUUUCCUAAGGUUCGAGGGGCGUUGAAAGCGCUAGGGAAUCUCACGGACGCAACAAGUGCAAUGCUCAAAGAGCGCGUCGCUGCUCUCCAGAGUGCCGACUUUGAGUCCAAGCCCCAGCGGCCUGAUGUCCUCGGAAAAUUGCUUGACAUUUCGCACAAGCGCGGCAAGGAGCUGAACUUCGAGCUUGAUGACGUUAAGAUGGAGUCCUUUGCUGCUUUCUUUGCUGGAAGCGAGACAACAGCCCUCACACUCUCCGGCAUCCUAUACAACCUCUUCCGCACCCCGCGCGUCUAUACCAAACUCACCGCUGAAAUCGACGCCGCCGUAGAAGCUGGCCAGCUGAGUACCCCGCAUAUCGCGUACAACGAGGCGAGUAAACUCCCGUACCUGGUCGCGUGUAUCAAGGAAGGAAUCCGCAUGCAUCCGAUAACAGGCGUCUCAUUCCCUCGUCAUGCGCCACAGUCCGGGUGUAUGGUUGGAGGGUACUAUAUCCCUGGAAAUACGCGCAUAGGAGUGAAUCCGGGAGUCAUUCAUUUUGAUAAGAGUGUGUUCGGGGACGAUGCGGAUACGUUUAGGCCUGAACGGUGGAUUGAGGGGGAUGCGGGUAGGAUGGAUGGGUAUAUCAUGCAGUUUGGGAUGGGGGCUAGGACUUGUUUGGGGAAGAAUGUAAGUUUGCUAAUUCUGACAAUCUGUGUACCGAGUCUCCCGAAAUGGGCGAUAUGCUGA